AAUAACUGACUGCACUAUUGACCAUUUUUUUGCCCCUAUUCUCUCUCUUCGCCUCAUGGCUUUACUAGAGGGGCUUCUUCAGGCCUCUGGCUCUUCCCAGCUGUUGGUCGCUGCUCUGGUGCUGCUGCUGGCCUAUCUCUACACCACGAGCAAAGGCAACACACGGAAAGGCAAGGAGCCUCCGGGACCCAAGGGGAUCCCUAUUCUGGGCAACCUGCUGCAGCUCGAUCUGAAGAAGCCAUACGAGUCACUUUAUGAGCUCUCCAAAAAGUACGGAACUGUCUUCAAAGUUUACUUUGGACCUCAGAAGAUAGUGAUCCUGUCAGGAUAUAAGACGGUGAAGGAAGCGCUUGUCACUCGGGGGGAGGAGUUUGGGGACAGAUCAAUCGGCCCAGCAGCCAGGGCUAUAAACAAAGGACAUGGAAUCAUCUUCUCCAAUGGAGACCAGUGGAAGGAGAUGAGGCGUUUUGCUCUGACCAACCUGCGGGACUUUGGCAUGGGGAAGAAAACCAGCGAAGACAAAAUCAUUGAAGAGACGCAAUAUCUCUCAGAUGUAUUUGCCACCUUUAAAGGUAAACCAUUUGAUACGACACAGCCAGUGAACUAUUCCGUGUCCAACAUCAUCAGCGCUAUUGUUUACGGCAACCGGUUCGAGUACAGUGACCCCAGGUUUACAGCCAUGGUGGACAGAGCCAAUGAGCAGAUCAGACUGGGGGGAUCUCCCGCUGUCAUGCUCUACAACCUGUUCCCCUUCCUUGGCCCCGUGCUGAACAACUGGCGAAAGAUCAAGAGCAAGUCCCAGGAGCACAUUGCGGAGAUGAGGAAGCUGAUCAACGAGCUUCAGGACACAAUGAACCCUCUGGAGCAGAGAGGAUUUGUGGACUCCUUCCUUAUGCGGAAACAGGAAGUUGAGGAAUCGGGACAGAAGGACACCUUCUUCAAUCAGGAUAACAUGGUCUUCUCUGUAGCCAACCUGUUUGCAGCAGGCACUGAUACUACUGGGACCACGCUGCGCUGGGGCCUGCUGCUCAUGGCCAAAUACCCACACAUACAGGAUCGGGUCCAUGAGGAGAUUGACAGGGUGAUCGGUGGCAGACAGCCAGUGGUGGAGGACAGGAAGAGCCUUCCCUACACUGAUGCAGUGAUCCACGAGACCCAGAGGAUAGGCAACAUCGUGCCCAUGAGCAUUCCACACAUAACCAGCUGCGAUGUUGACUUCCAAGGAUACUUCAUCAAAAAGGGCACAACUGUAUUUCCUCUGCUCACGUCAGUGUUGAGGGAUGAGUCUGAAUGGUCCAAUCCCUACACGUUCCACCCAGAACACUUCCUGGAUGACCAGGGACGCUUCGUCAAGAGAGACGCCUUCAUGCCCUUCUCAGCAGGUCGCAGGGUGUGUCUGGGAGAGAGUCUGGCCAGAAUGGAACUCUUCCUCUUCUUCGCCUCUCUCCUUCAACGCUUCCGCUUCACUGCACCCCCUGGUGUUUCAGAAGAUGAACUGGACCUCACUCCAAUGGUGGGAUUCACACUGAACCCCUCUCCUCACAAGCUCUGUGCAGUGGAACGCCUUUGAGGUUUGGCAUGAAAAGAGGAACCUUUUCUUUCCACAUGUUGGAGAGUGAACACCCUUUUACAACACUGAUAUGACGAAUGUACAUAAGUAUUUAUUUAAAUAGUGCUUUUAUUCUGUCCUGAGGAUCGGCACAUUUACAGAAAGAGAUUCUUUCUUGAUACUAUAUUUUGUCAAUGAGUCUUUUCUUUCAAAAUCUGAGUUUACGUAACUAAGUUAUGAGCUGCUCCCUAUUUUGUUAAUGAUGUGUUUGUGUAGGAUAUCGUGUUAUCAUACCUUUUGUAAUAAAACAAUCAAACAAAAGUUUUAA